AUGCCCAGGCUCACCGUCGACAACAUCAACCCCCACGUUCGCGCGGCCAAGUAUGCCGUCCGUGGCGAGCUGGCCGUCAAGUCCGAGCAGUUCCGCGCUGCUCUGAACAAGGGCGAGGGCGGUGACCUGCCCUUCGACCAGGUCAUCUCGGCCAACAUCGGCAACCCCCAGCAGCUGGACCAGAAGCCCAUCACCUUCUUCCGACAGGUCACCAGUCUGCUGGAGAACCCCCAGCUUCUCGAGAAGGAAGAUGUCUUGAUUAACCACCUCGGCUACAAGACCGACGUGAUUGAGCGUGCAAAGUGGCUCCUCAAGAGCGUCGGCUCCGUCGGUGCCUACAGUGCCAGUGCCGGUGUUCCAGCCAUCAAGGAGAGCGUUGCCAAGUUCCUCGAGGAGCGUGACGGCUUCCCCGCGAACCCUGCCAACAUCUACCUUUCCGCCGGUGCCUCUUCCGGCGUCAACACCCUCCUCCACACCAUCUGCGCCGCUCCCAACACCGGUAUCCUGAUCCCCAUCCCACAAUACCCCCUCUAUACCGCUACCCUCUCCGUCCUUGACGCCACCUGCGUCCCCUACUACCUCGAUGAGGCCAAGAACUGGGGUACCGACCUGAACACCAUCCGCAGCGCAUACGAGAAGGCCAAGGCCGAUGGCAUCGACGUGCGCUGCAUCGUCAUCAUCAACCCUGGCAACCCCACGGGUGCCUCCCUCCCCGAGGAGGACAUCCGCGCCGUCCUCGAGUUCGCCAGCCAGGAGAACCUCGUGGUCAUGGCCGACGAGGUCUACCAGACCAACGUCUUCGUUGGCAAGUUCCACAGCUUCAAGCAGGUCCUCCGCAAGCUGCAGCAGGAGAACCCGGGAAAGCACGACGGCGUCGAGCUCGCCUCCCUCCACAGCAUCUCCAAGGGCAUGGUCGGCGAGUGCGGCCACCGCGGCGGCUACUUCGAGCUCGUCGGCUUCGACCCGGAGGUCGAGGCCAACAUCUACAAGUUCGUCUCCAUCAUGCUCUGCGCCCCCGUCAUCGGCCAGUGCCUCGUCGAGGUCAUGGUCAGACCCCCCAAGGCGGGAGAGCCCUCGUACGAGCUCUACCAGCAGGAGUACACCGGCAUCUUCGAGGGCCUGCGCCAGCGCGCCACCGCCCUCCACAAGGCCUUCUCCGAGAUGGAGGGCGUCGAGUGCGGCGAGCCCCAGGGCUCCAUGUACCUCUUCCCCACGAUCACCCUCUCCGCCAAGGCCGGCGAGGCCGCCGCCGCCGAGGGCCGCACCCCGGAUGAGUUCUACUGCAUGCGCCUCCUCGAGGCGACGGGUAUCUGCGUCGUGCCCGGCUCCGGAUUCGGGCAGAAGGAGGGCAGCCUGCACUUCCGUACCACCUUCCUGGCCCCCGGCACCGAGUGGACUGGAAGAAUUGUCAAGUUCCACAAGGAGUUCAUGGAGCAGUACCGGUAG